UGGGCACAGGUGGGUGCACUGGUCGGGCACAGGUGGGUGGCACUGCUGGGCACAGGUAGGUGGCACUGCUGGGCACAGGUGGGCGCAAUGCUGGGCACAGGUGGGCGCAAUGCUGGGCACAGGUGGGCGCACUGCUGGGCACAGGUGGGUGUACUGGGGCACAGGUGGGCAGAACUGGUGGGUGGCACUGCUGGGCACCGAUCAUCAGGGCACUGAUCAUCAGUGCCCUGAUGAUCAGUGCCGAUCCCUGCUCUGACAACUGCCGUUUCUCGGUAGUACUUUCCUCGCGCUCUGACAGCGUAAGGAAAGUGCAGCCGAGAACCGGCAAUUG